AUGGAUGCCCCUAGCGGAACCUACGAGUGGGAUAUCUUUCUUAGCUUUCGAAGGUGUUGGACAGGAUACAACAAAGAGGAGGAGAUCGCAGAACGGAUAUAUGAAGAGCUGACGAGGAAGGGGCUCCGAGUGUUUCACGUGCCCCGAUGCCUGGGGGAGCGGGAGGACAGGCAUGGGAGAGACUGGGACAGGAAAUAUCUGAAAGCUCUUGCGAACUCACUCGUCGUCGUGCUGCUGAUAACGCGAGAGACGUUCACAGGAAGAGAAUUCGACAUGAAGAAGUACGUCUGGAGCUCGAAGCAAGACGAGCUGCUAAUGGAGUGGGAACUUGUGCUAGAGCUGUACGAUCGGGGGAGGACGAGGGAGAUUCUCCCGUGCCUCAUUGGCGACCUGACGACUCUGAAGAAGCAGAAGGCAAUGAGCAGGAUCGUCGACCGUCUCGGGCUGAAGAACUUGGACGAGAGGGCUAUGAUAGCCAGGAUGCGGGAGCUGUUCAACUACGUGGAUCGGGACGGGUCGGGUUUCAUAGAUGAGGAGGAGCUGCUGGAGGCUUUCACCAAGUUCGGGGUUGAGAUCUCAAGGGAGGAGCUGUCGGAGAGGCUUCAGGAGGUGGACGAUGGGAACUGCAAGCUAGACGUGUUCGAGUUUGAGGACCUCCUCUUUGCUGUGCUUGAGGACAAGGCGGGAAUAUUCUUCGAUGGGAGGAGGGAGAAGGGCGGCAGGAAGAAGCAGCAGCCUCCUGCUUCCUCCUCUUGCCCCGAGGAGGACGAUGACGAAGAGAUCUUCACUAACUUUGAGGAGUCCCGCUGCAUGCCUCCGCUCCCCAACAUCACCUCCCUCCAGUCCUCUCGGCGAGUCGUAAGCUGGCUGCACACCUUCCUCAAGUACAAGGAGGGGGUCGUCCUCUGGCGAGCUCCCCACUGCCGCCCCCUCCCCACGGUGGACAACGUGGAGGGAGGACGGACCAUCAGGCAGACAGUGGAUGCGAUCGUUGGGUUCAAGAAGUACCUCGUGCAAGGCAGGAAGCAAGUCGCUUUGCAGUUCCUCGACAAGUAUGUCUACGACGAGUUCGUCUCCUCUAUCAACCUCUCAAGGGUGGAGGGGGAGGACGCCGCGUCCUCCCUUGCCGCCAUGACGGGCAGGAGCAGGUGCGCAGUCACGGGACAGAGAGCCUCGUUGCGCGACCCCAUCACGUCGCAGCUAGUGAGAGACAUGAAGGUCCUGAAGAUCAUCAGGAAACAGUACUUCUUCAACAGUAAGAGCUGCUCCCCCUCAGUCCUCGUGGAGGAGGACGGGACCAGGAUCACCUGCGCUGGGUCGGGGGGGGAGAGCGUCCUCCUCGACCCUCCCAUCGCAUCCUCAGGAGUCUCCUAUGUGGACCUACAGCUCCAGAACAUCGGUCAGGUCCCCUACAUGUACGUCGGCAUCUGCUCGCCGAUUGUCAACAGCACGGGAGAAUGGAGCGCUCUUCUCGACGAGAGCUCAAAACUUCUCGCGCUGCAGGACGGCAGCAAACUAGAGGGAGGAGAGAGGCAGGCGUUCCUGCAUAUCAAGGUGAAGGCCUAUGAUCGUGUGUCCGUCCUAGUGGACAUGGACAAGGAGACAUGCGAGAUCUUCCUAAACGACAAGUUCCUCGGCGUCCUCUGCACGCGCAUCGACCGGCCCUCCUACUUCGUUGUCACCCUCGGCUGGCCGCGGCAGAGGGUUGAGAUCAUGCGCAAGCAGUACCUGCUCACUCUCGCAAAGCAAGUCAGGUCACCGUUCCUCGCCCUGUCUAAGGAGGAGGUACAGGAGAAGAUCCGUUCUAUCUUCCUUAGAGGAAGCGUCUCCUUACAUCACAGCAUGACGUACGAGGCCCUGAGAGAGCUGCUCAGCCUGCAGUUCGGCGUUCAGCUGAGCAACCUCGAGCUGCGAGAUGUGAUCUCGGAAGUCGAUAGCGACAGAGAUGGGAAUAUCAGCCUCGACGAGUUCGAAGCUUUCAUACUUUACCUCUCAUCACUGUAG